AUGAUGAGUUUGGAAGUCGUAGUAACCGGACUUUGGAAGUCUUUUCCGGUGAACAACGGACCGGAGCAACGGUUGCAGGUCGGAGUAGGUAAGGAUAGUAGCCCAUCUUGUGUAGGAGGGAUGGGACGGGGUGGGAAAAACGGAUCGAUGUACAUCUCAUGCCGGAGCAGCAAUGAACGGCGGCCGAGGCUUCAUCAAAUCUCGGCGGUGGAUUGGGCCAUAUUGUCGGUGGAGCAAGCGAAGAAGCCACCGACUGGGUUUCAGGCGAGGUCAUGGUGGGGAAACACCGGUGAUGGGGACCUCACCCGGAGCAGAGCGUAG